AUGGCUACAAUGCUUGAGCAUCCGAGUACCAUAAAAUCUUUAGAACCAGACACGCAAUUCGUGAUUCCGGCAGCUACGGUCUGGUCGAACCCUUCCCACAUCACUUGCAAAGAAGGUGAUUUCCUUUCCGAAGCUUUGCGGACCAAACAAGGCAGCGAAAAGACAGCCAACCUCCCAUUAAAUCAAGAAUUGAGGCCGCAGGUGGGGCCCAAAAGCCGGCCACGGCGUGGCUCGAAGAUUCAGCCUUCCCAAGACGCUGUCAGCCCAGAGAGGACCCGGUAUCUCGAACGCAACCGCAUUGCUGCGAACAAAUGCCGCUUAAAGAAGAAGCAAGAGCGCGAGGAAAUCCAGCGUAUGCUACAAAAAGAGACAGCCAAGCGGAACACACUCCUAGCUGAGGUCAAAAAAUUGAAAGAGGAGACCUGGCGGCUCAAAAACGGGGUCUUUGCGCACGCGAAAUGCGGGGACGAUCGGAUCAACCUACAGCUCACAAAAAUGACACAAAAACUCCUCGAGAAGAGCUCGUUGCAGUGUCCGUCUGUUUUGGAUAUUACGUGUUCCGAUAAGUCGGAGGGGGGAAUGAAAACAGACGAGGAGGGGUUGAAAACAGACCUGUCUACAGUCUCUCCAGCGUCUUCGGUGGAUGACACAGCGACUUGUGCCGAAAUCUUUGAUUGCUAUCUCGUGACGGAUCUUAUGGCAACGGACCUCCACACUCUGCUAAAGACCAAGAAGGUCGACGACCAAUUUACUCAAAUUUUCGUUUAUCAGAUUAUAGUGAGGCCCUCGGUAGCAAACGGAUCAACUUCAAUGCUAAAUCAGAACCAGCGCGGACUCAAAUAUGUACAUUCAGCGGGCAUCGUACACCGCGAUCUUAAACCGAGCAAUAUCUUGGUCAAUGAGAACUGCGAUCUAAAAAUCUGCGACUUUGGCCUAGCACGCACCCAGGACUCUCGUAUGACCGGUUAUAUCUCGACUAGAUACUACAGGGCUCCGGAGGUUAUGCUUACCUGGAAGCGCUAUAACGAGAAAGUCGAUAUCUGGAGCGCAGGUUGCAUUUUCGCCGAGAUGAUCAUGGGCCGACCACUCUUCCCAGGAAAAGAUCAUAUCGAUCAGUACUGUGUGAUCACACAGUUACUUGGAAGCCCGCCAGAAGACGUGAUUGCAAAUGUGAGCAGUCAAAGCACAUUGAAAUUCAUUCGCUCUUUACCAAAGCAAACACAAAAACCUCUCUCAAGAGUUAUUCCUAACGCUAACGAGAAGGCUGUUCCCUUGCUAGAGAGAAUGCUUCAGAUUGAUCCAGAGAAGCGCUGCUCGGCAGAAGAGGCUCUCCAGGCGCAAUACCUUGCACCCUACCAUGACCCGGAAGACGAACCUGCAGCGGCGGAGCAAUUUAACUGGAAUUACUGCGAAGCAGAUCUCCCAGCUGAUGUCUGGAAAACGCUGGCUCUCAAGGAGCUAGCAGUUACGAUCCAACGCCUAACGUGGGAUAUUCUGCCUUAA